AUGGUUGACACUCUCACUUCUAUCCGAAAUGAACUACAUCAAAUGGAACGUGUUCUAAAUGAAGACAAGCUGAAAUUCAUUGAUAGAUUGAACCAAGUUCGAAAAGCUGUUUUCGAUCAUAUUGAUCGGCAAAUUCAAAAAUUAAAUGAAACAAAACAAAUCUAUGAGAAAAAAUUCAGCUAUCUCGAAGAUGAAAAUAACAAAACAUGCGACCAGAAUCAGCGUGAAUUCGAUCGAACAUGUAUAUUAAUUAAUCGAACUAAUGAAGACAAGGCGAAAGCAUCGGAUCUGUUGAAACAAUUCAAAGAUAAAUUUCCACAUCGACCUCAAAUGUUAAAAGANUUCUCGAUUAUAACAUUUUCUGAUCGAAAAUCGAGAGAAGUAGGUUCCGGAAUUUAUCUUCUUACAUCGUCUAUCGUAUCGCUGUUCACAGUGAGCAUUUUAACAGCGAAAUUCUGGUAUCUUAUUCUAACACAAAUCAAUCCAUUUGUUGAUCGUUCUCUCCUACGUAAUGGAUGUCGAUUAUUGGAAUUCAUUCUAAAAGUUUGCCUAUAUCUGAACAAUUGGCUCAAUGCUUGUGUCGCACUUGAGCGAUCGAUGGCUGUACACACUGGCGCUUAUUUUAAUAAAUCUCGGAGCAAAAGCAUUGCACGUAAGGUCAUUAUUAUUGUACCGAUAGUUAUCAUGUUGAGUAUUGUUCAUGAACUUGUCUUUCGUGAUCUAUUUGAAGAUCAUGAAGAACAACGUCUAUGGUGUUUAAUGUCCUAUUCUCGAUCGAUUCAUACAUACAAUACAAUUGUUUCCCUAUUUCAUUUUCUUGGUCCAUUUCUAGCCAAUUUCUAUUCUGCUGUGUUCAUUACUUUUCGUGGCGCACAACAACGAGCGCGAGUGCAACCGCAAAUAACACAGAGGCAACAUCGAUGGCAACAACUCAAUGAUUAUAAACAUCUGAUCAUCAGUUCGAUCGUUCUUGUUAUUUUAACAAUACCUCAACUGAUCAUUUCGUCUUUGUCCGGAUGCGUCAAAGCAGCUUAUCAAUCGCCAGUUUAUGCUGCAGGUUAUUUCAUAUCGUUCGUGCCGUCGAUGUCCAUUUUUGUUGUAUUUGUUCUACCGUCGCGAUUGUAUCAAAGUCAAUUCAAAAAAGCGUUAAAAUCAUGGCGGCAGAUGUUUUCUCGGCGUUGA